CACAAAUGUCAACUACCUUACUCGAUGCAUUCGCUCACCACGUUUAAUUGUCUUGGUCACUCAUUAGCUGCUUCCAUAAAUAGUAUCCAACGAUUGUGGGUGUGUACUUCCCAACGCUGCACGAGAACAAAAAUUGUGCGUCCAAAAUACACAUAUAACUCACGACAUUCACGACGCGCAUCUUACCUCAAUCGCAGGCACAACACAAUGCCGCGAGAAGUUGUCACUGACGAAGCGUCGCUUCCGUCCGUCUUCCAGGCCCAAUGGCGAUCCAAUCCAGAUCCGACGGCACUUCCCUUCCCGCGCAACAACCCGCCUUUCCCGCUCACAGCUAUUGAUUGGCAUCAACUGUCCCUGAGAGAUGCAGACUUCACACCGCAUUCGUGGUCAAAUCUACACCAUCUUAUCUCCACAAACCAACUUGAAGAGCUGAAACGCUGGCCCAGCUCAUUGAAAGCCUACCUUGCUUGGACAGCGCAUGUCAAGGAAAAAUAUGGCAGUGUUAUGACAUAUCUGCUUGAUCAGCGACUGUUUUGGGAACCAAUCGAAGAUGAAACAGGAGCGCUGCGAUUUAACGUACGCAACACUACACCUUUUGCGGAUCCUGAUGACUACAAGAUCCUGAGGAACGACUGGACUUAUUCGUUUGAGCCUGGUAUUCGUCACAUUGUGGUUUGGCUGAAGCAGCGACUGCCGGUGGAUGCCGCGGGCGCAUUGAGUGAUGUGGGCAGGGAUAUGGUCAAGGACUUUGUGAAGAGGGAGUUUAGGGAAAAGGCGGAAGAGCAGGAAGAGGGGAGCAAGGUCAUCUGGUUCAAGAACACGACAAACUUGCAAAGUGUGAGGAGCCUAGAGCAUGUGCAUGUGCUGGUGCGUGACGUGGAGGAAGAGAUCUUGAGCCAGUGGGCAGUCUAGGAGGCUUGAUGGAUGUCACGGUUUGGUCACGAUGGAGAAUAUCUGCUAUCGUGUUCGGGUACAUGGGUCUUGAGUAUGUAGUGAUGGUGAUGAUUGACCAUGGUAAGGAUAUGUUUGAAGUUUUGGAUAUUGUCAUCGUAGCCCUAUGCAAAUAUACAUGCUACCUGCAUCUAGAAGGAUUGCCUGCUCGCGAGUACGCUAGUCAUGGAUCUAGGAAG